AUGUCUUCGGACACUGAGAUGGCCAUCUUUGGGAAGGCAACUGUAUAUAUCCGAAAGUGAGAAAAAGAAAGAAUUGAGGCCCAGAAAAAGCCUUUUGAUGCCAAGUCAUCCAUCUUUGUUGUGCAUCUUAAGGUGUCCUUUGUGAAAGGGACAAUACAGAGCAAAGAAUCAGGGAAGGUCACUGUCAAUACAGUGGAGGUGGAAGGUGGAGAUACUCUGACCAUGAAGGAAGAUCAACUCUUCUCUAUGAACCCUCCCAAGGAUGAUAAAAUUGAGGGCAUGGCCAUGAUGACCCACCUCCAUGAACCCGUUGUGCUGCACAACCUCAAAGAGCGAUGA